GUAUGUGUAUAAUCAUUAACUAAACAUGUGAAUAUCUGGGCCAAUUCAUCACAUGGGUCGCUUACACAACGGCAACGUGCAUAUAUCGUAAGCGACUUCGACACCUUACACAACCAAGCGUUUUUCGUUGAUUUAUGCAAAUCAGAGGUAUAAUCAUCAACCAAAAGUGUAUAAAUUGCCCACAAAGUCGUUACACAACACCACUUUGAGCACUUGCAAGCACGAGCGAGCGCCGCGAACGUUUGUUCAAAAUGGGGAAAUUUCUAGCCGCUGCGUUGUUUCUCUUAGCAGAGUUGUUUUCUGUUAGAUGUGUACAGUUUGAACCCAAUCUAAACCUGCAUGGAACUACACAAGAUGCUUGGGUAGAUACGUUACUGCCGGAUGACUACCGUGGAAAACCUGUUUACCGUGUGGUCUUCGACCUCACCACACCAGAAGGAACGACGAUUCAGAGCGAAGUCCAUCGUCAGUACGACGAGUUCCACACGCUGAACAAGAAGCUGCCGUGGCUUUCGGCGCUUGCGGGGGUGAAGCCACUUCCCACCGCCGAGGCCGCCUCUGUGCCCGACCUGACCCAGUACCUUCAGUCGAUCGUCAAGAACAGGGACCUCCGGACGUCUCGACUCAUGGACGACUUCCUCGGAAUCAACUGGAACUGUUCCGGCGUCGGCUGGUUUAAGGAUACAACGUCCUUCAUGACGCUUCUGACGGUGACAAGGUUGCCUGACUUCGUCCCGGAGCGCCCCAACAUCACCCUUGACAACGUCCUGUCGGACGAAUACCCCAUGGAGUGCUUCCUCUACAUGUCGGCAUUCAAACACAACUAUCUGGACAAGCAGUCCAUUCCGACAUUCAUGCACCUCUUCGAAAGUUACACCGAGCAGAUGCCGAAAUUUGAAGCCCUGCCCACGGCCAGAGUACCGCUCAACCAGCCGGACCAGGACGUGUGGCCACCUGGCGUGACGUCACCGAUUGAGAUGCCCUACCAUUACGCCAGAGUUCCUGUUCAUUUCCUUCCUGGAGGAUACGUCAACGGUGGCAAUGUACGCAUCUCGUACAACGGAAGAACGAAGUUUAACUUCUUGAAGGAAGACGUCCUAAGAAGCUGGUACGGCAGACUGGUCGGCCAUCUAAAACCGAAGACUAUCCUCGAUGUCGGCACCGGCAACUGUUUCUCUGCCUUCGUGUUCGGGGAGAUGUUCCCGCAGAGCGACGUGAUCGGGGUGGACCUGGCGGCGCCCUUCAUCCGCUUCUGCCGCCUGUGGAAGACUCACAGACCCGCACCGAAUGUCAAGUUCUACCAGGAUAAUGGAGAGAAACUUCACUUCCCCGACUCGACGUUCGACGUGGUGAACUUCGCCUACGUUCUGCACGAGAUGCCGGCGGAGAACGCCCAGCGCGCGCUGGCCGAGGCGUGGCGCGUCCUCAGGCCCGGCGGGACCCUCAACGUCAUCGAGCCGCCGUACUUCGACAACCCCGCCGAGCGCCUGCCGUACGUGGAGUUCAACACGUGGGGACAUCACUGGAACACUACGGGAGAGCACGGUCCGGAACCGUACAUAGAGGAAUUCGAGAACACGUUCCAGUUGCCCAACCAUAUGGCGAACAUGGGCCUCAAAAACAUAACACAUAUUCCCUGCUCUAUUUUCGACGCUGUAUACAUCGCCCAAAAGCCUUAG